AUGUCGGAAGCAUCGGGCUCCAAAGCUUCCAGUACAUCUACUGCUGAGUCAAAGGCCACCCCGCGGCUCGAUCUUCUUGAUGACGAAGGAGAGCUAACCGAAAAGGCUAUCUCUUCACUGGAGCACAUAUUUGCCAAGUACUGCACACCAGCGCCUGAGAAGAAGGCCGAUGCACUCAGUUCGGGCACGGUGCUUCUGCAACCACCUGAAGGCGCAGUAUUGACGGAUGACGAUCUGGAUACUUGGGCGCUCGAUACCAAUGGCGCACUAUUGAGCGACGGAGAAAAGGCUGAACUGGAGAUGCUGGAUGUUGACGAUGACGGGCAACUCACAUGCAAAGGCUUCAUUCAGCUCUAUCAACUUCAGACCGAGAACGACGAUGACGAAACCUGGAAGGACCUUACAAAGCAUGGUUUCGACGGUCAGCUACAACUGCACAAAAUGGAUCCGAAAGGCAAAUAA